AAUAUAAAAGUGGGUAAACCAAUAGACACACGCCUUUUUUGUGUUGCGGUCUUCCAAGGUGGAGCGUGAGCUCAAACACACAACACCACCUGCCUCUGGUCUGAGACAAGACAGCCUUGUUCUUUCCAAGUUCCAACCCCGCUUUUCUGUUUCCCGCGCGACAGAGUGAGGAAAACAACGACAAAGCUCAAAUUGCACGUGCCUUUCUCCUUCUCAAUUUUUGUUGUGCUAGAUUAAAAAUGUGGGGAUUCGGUGGUAGAUAUUAUUGGGGGAGAAAAGUGGACUGUGAUAAAGCCGAUGGGAUUGUUGUCGUGUUCGCAUGGAUGUCGAGCGAGGACAGGCACUUGAAGAAAUACGUCGACCUCUACUCAUCUGUCGGCUGGAAUUCCCUCGUUUGCCAUUCUCAAUUCCUCAACAUGUUCUUCCCUGAGAAAGCCACAAUUCUUGCUGUUGAUAUUCUUAAUGAACUUGUUGAGGUUCUGAAAAUCAGGCCUUGCCCCAUUGUUUUUGCAUCCUUUUCAGGUGGUGCAAAAGCUUGUAUGUGCAAGGUUCUUCAGAUAAUUAGUGGCAGCUCUGAAGCUCAUAAUAUGGAUGACUACCAGCUAGUUAGAGACUGUAUUUCUGGCUAUAUUUAUGAUUCAAGUCCAGUUGAUUUUACCAGUGAUUUGGGUGUUCGAUUUCUUCUACACCCAACUGUUUUAAAAGUGUCACAUCCACCAAGAUUUGCUUCAUGGGUUGCAAAUGGCAUAGCAUCUGGUCUUGAUUCUCUUUUCCUCAGUAGAUUUGAAUCACACCGUGCAGAAUAUUGGCAGACACUUUACUCCACCGUUAAUAUGAAGGUCCCCUAUCUCAUUCUAUGUUCAGAAAAUGAUGAUCUUGCUCCAUUUCAAGUUAUUUCAAAUUUUUUCCAAAGACUAAAAGACCUUGGUGGAGAUGUCAAACUGUUAAAAUGGAGUGUCUCUCCUCAUGUAGGUCAUUUUCAGCAUCAUCCAAAUGAUUACACGGCUGCUAUCACUGAGAUCCUUGGCAAGGCAGUUGCAAUUUAUCGUUGCAAAACUAAACUAAUUGAAGAUGAGAAACUGGGUAUAGAAGGAACAAAAGAUGAGGUCACAGAUCCGUUCUCUGAAGUGAGGAAAGCAGCAAUGACCUCAACUAGUUUUCAGGGCUUUGCUCUUGCUCCAAGUGAUAAUUUGGCUUCUACUUCAAUGGAGUAUGACGUCGGUAAAGGUGUUGGCACUAUAACAGAUGAACGCAAGGGAGAGGGAGGGUUUGUUCAUCUCCCAAGCCGUCCAAGCAUCAAUGCACAUGGGGUUCUUGGCCAAAUAUUGUUUGAUGUUUGUGUGCCCGAGAAUGUUGAGGAUUGGGAUAUCAGGUCAAAUUCCAAGAAUGCACUAUUAGCAGGGGCAAAGAAGCAUGUUCCAUUUAAUCCUAUAAAAUGCAUUCGGCGUUCAAGGUUGUAAGAUUGUUGACUGACAAAAAGCCUCAGCCCUCAGGUGAAUUCUGCUUGAAGGUUUGGUGUUUUCUUAAAGGUUUAAAAUUUUUAGGGAUCUCUAAUGGGCACAAGAGAUAUGUAAUAGUAGUACCUGAAAUAAGAGGCAAAAGGACUAAUAAACUACCACCUGAGCUGUUCUUUAAACACUGGACUUUGUAAUGUGAUUGAGCAGCAGCUUGCCUUUUUCUUAAGGCAAAUUGUACAGCUACUUCUACGGAAAAAAAAACAUGUUUUGACUGAGAUCACCAUGACAAGAAUACAGGGGGGAAUUGUAAUUGUAGUAUAAUACUGCUUGUGAGUUCAAUAUCAGCCUCGCUCGUUCAGAACUAAGUGUAGUUUGAUAUGUUGAAUAAAUGGAAUGCUACUCGGUCUUGUACACUAGUUGGUACAAAUGAAUAGUACAUGUGAAUAGUAUUUUUCGUUAUAUAUUUUUGUAUCUUUACUAUAACAAUGCAAGGAACUCAGCUACCGGUACUUAAGGAUAUGUAAUGAGAGUUCGUUUAAA